GCCAUUGUUGCGGUCUCGUGUCCGUAAAGGUGUCAAAAUAAUCAAGUCACCGGUCUAGACCUACGAUUUCUUAUCAAGUGGCGUCGGCGAGUUUUUAUAUACUACCAUUUUUUAUAUACUGUUUGAUUAAAAAUCAAUUCCGACUCUAGACAUUGUCAACUCAUUCAUUCAUCACACAAUGUUAUCAUUUUGAUAUACCGGUGUACAGCAUAUAGCCAAAUAGCAUCUCAACGUUUUGUGGCUGUUAUCUAAAUCUGUUGAUAUUUUGUUUUUCGAAUGACUGGCACAAAACGAAGUCAAGUAUUACAAGCACUACUGACCUCGCUUAAGCAUUUGCUUUGUAGAUGUUCACAUAUCGCAACUCAUGCUCUCCGAAAUUUGCUGACUUUUUAUUCGAAUGACGUCACCAUAGAUCCAACCGGGCGAAAAACUUAUAUUUUGUGUUCAGCUCUGAAUCAUCGAUCUCGAGUGCCAAAUUUGUAGUACGAUCUCUACCUUCAACAAGCGCGGACGUCCCAAGUGCGAAUAAGAGAAGAGUUCAGCCAGUAUGGAAGUUUUUGCAGGUUUAUUAUUGGCAUUUAUGUCGAUUGCCGGCUUGGAUCAUACUGAUGCUGCGCGUAUUCUUGGAGUUUUCCCUACUCCGUCCAAAUCACAUUGGAUUCUUGGAUCAGCACUUUUGAAAGAAUUGGCACUUGAUGGGCACGAAGUCACUGAUGUGAGCCCAUUCAAACUGGCGAAACCACCUGCCAACUACCAUCAUGUGGAAAUUGAGACUGAUUAUGAGUUUUUUAAUCAGAAGGUAGAGCAGCUGUUUUCGGAUACUGAGAAGUCACAAGUUCGCAAAAUGAUAGAAAUGUACACUGCUGUGAAUUACUUCUCGAACAGUACUUUAUCUGCACCUGCCGUGAAAAAGCUUCUACAAUCUAAUCAGCAGUUCGAUUUAGUUAUUUUGGAAAUCUUCCUCGAUCACGCUCUUCUUGGUUUUGCGGAGCAUUUUGGUUGUCCCGUUAUCGGCACUACUACUCAUGGCGUAUUGGAAUGGAUAAAUUCGUUAGUUGGGACCCCGCAGCCACUUUCUUACGUUCCACACGUUCAUAUUGGCUUCUCCAACCCAAUGAAUUUUUGGCAACGAAUGGGUAAUGUGCUGUUUACUGCCGUUGAUGAGCUGUUACUGUCUGUGUUGGUGUACCCAGAGCAAGAUCGUCUCUAUAGGGAAGCAUUUCCAAAUGCUACACGAUCGCUCAAUGAAAUGAGACGAAACGCUGUGUCAUUAGUUCUAGUAAAUAACCAUUUUAGUUUAAAUUACCCUCGUCCAUAUGUUCCCAAUAUGAUAGAAAUUGGAGGAUUCCAUGUCAAUCGAAAAGUGAAUCCAUUACCGAAGAACAUCCAAAACUUCAUCGAUAACUCAACUGAUGGAGUUAUCUAUUUUUCGAUGGGCUCAAAUCUGAAGCCAUCAAACAUGGGGAAAGAAAAACAGCAAGCAUUAGUGAAUGCAUUCUCAAAAGUGAAACAAAACGUCAUCUGGAAAUGGGAUGACGAGAGCUUGAAUCUUGACCAAAGCAAGUACUUAAUAGCCAAGUGGCUUCCACAGGACGACAUUUUAGCGCAUCCAAACGUGAAAUUAUUUAUCACGCAUGGCGGUCUACUGAGCUGUACGGAAUCGAUUUAUCAUGGUAAACCAAUAAUCGGUAUUCCUGUAUUUGGUGACCAACAAAUGAACAUGGAUCAAGCAGUUAAAGCUGGUUGGGGUGUCUCCGUGAAGUUUGUCGAUCUUGAUGAAAAGUUUAUCAGUGAUGCAUUGGAAGAAGUGCUCAACAACGAUAGGUACACCAAAACAGUGCAAGUCAUAUCGAAACGUUUACGUGAUCAGCCGCUGCCACCAAUGGACCUUGCCAAAUAUUGGGUUAAUUACGUUCUUCGUCAUGAUGGCGCAGAACACUUGAAAUCGCCGGGUCAACGAUUCAGCUUUAUACAGUAUCAUAACAUCGAUGUGUAUCUGUUCGUUGUGAUAAUAGUAGCAAUUUUAGUAGCGAUACCAAUCAAGGUGGUAAGUGUCUUGUGCUUCCGAAGUAGGGUAGGGUCUCAAAAGGCCUCGAAUAAAAGUAAGAAAAAACAAGUGCUGAUGAAGCACUCGUCAAAACAAACUGUUUCCGCCAGGGCCAGUUGUUACCGGAUCUUUUUCCAUCAUACGCUACGCUUAUCAGGCAUAGGUGAUAAUGGAAGUUCUAAUUUAACUACGAUAAUGUUCAGACGGUUGGGAUUUGCGGUGCUAAUCAACUGCUUGCUGCUUUCACUGUGCCCUUCAAAUGGAGCAAAGAUAUUGGGAGUUCUUCCCUCGGCAGGAUGGUCACAUUAUGCCAUCGGAGAAGGGAUAAUGAAAGCAUUGAGCCGCGCUGGUCAUGAAGUAACGGUCAUCGGUUCCCAUAGCUGGAAAGACGCUCCCGACAAUUAUCGAAGUGUUCAAAUUGAAGAAUUGAUUUUUGAUAAAGGAGGUUCUACACCCGAUCUGUUCCAGUAUCGUAACGAUCCAUAUUUGAACGUACUUUAUCUGCUAUAUACUUUUAUUGGACCGAGCUUAUCAGAAGUAAUCCUGACCCACCCCAAAGUGAAAACGCUUAUGGGUUCUGACGAACAAUUCGAUGUCGUGAUUGUAGAGUGUUUCGUUAGUGAUGUGCUUUAUGGAUUCGCUCAACAUUUUAAAGCCCCAUUGGUGGUAUUUUCUCCUUUCGGAUCAUCGAUGUGGGUAAACGACCUCGUGGGUACCCCAUAUCCUUAUUCGCAAAUACCGCAUACGUUUCUCAGUUACACAGAUCGGAUGACGUUCUCUGAACGGUUCAUUAAUACUAUUCUAUGGAAUGUAGAUAGAUUUUACUAUAGAAACAUUUUUCUACCCCUUCAAGAAGAAAUGUACAACGCAUACUUCCCGAAUGCAACGCAGUCAUUAUCACAAGUUAUGCGAAAUGUUAGUCUAGCAUUCUUGAACCAGCAUUUUAGUUUGAGCUAUCCACAUCCAUACGCUCCUAACAUGAUCGAAAUUGGUGGGAUUCAGAUGGAUGAACCAAAAUCGUUACCUAAGGAUAUUCAACGUGUCUUAGAUGAUUCCAAACAUGACGUAAUUUACUUCAGCAUGGGAUCUAUGCUAAAAGGAUGUAAUUUCCCCGAAGAAAAGCGUAAUGCAUUUCUGGAAGCGUUCUCCGAGCUGAAUGAAACGGUUAUCUGGAAAUAUGAAAACACCAGCCUGCCGAAUAAACCGAAAAACGUAUUCAUCAGGAAAUGGAUGCCGCAAAGUGAUGUCCUGGCUCAUCCUAAAGUUAAACUGUUUAUUACACACGGUGGACUGCUCGGUUCAACAGAAUCUUUACACCACGGGAAGCCCAUGGUUGGGGUUCCUAUCUACGGUGAUCAACGUUUAAACAUGGCUCGAGCGGAGAAGGCAGGUUACGGAGCUCAAAUAGAGUACGAGAAUUUGAGCAAAGAAACUAUCUGCCACGCAAUACAUAAGGUUCUGGAUAAUCCAUCCUACAGCAUGAAUGCAAAAUUGAUCUCUGAAAGGUUCCGUGAUAAACCGAUGACACCGGCUCAGCUGGUUGUGUAUUGGGUAAAUUAUGUCGUUAGACAUCGUGGCGCACCGCAGCUUCGCUCUGCUGCCGUUGAUUUAUCUUUUGUCGAGCAGAACUUACUCGAUGUUUACGGUGUUAUUAUGUUAUUGAGCGGAACAGUGUUGGCAUGUGUCUAUAAGGUAUUUGGGACAGCGCUACGACUUGUUGGAUUGCUUCCAAGAAGCGGAAAUGUCGAUAAAAAUAAACGUGAUUGAAA